AUCAGUUUCGCUAGUCGUGAUUAACCUGUUAUCCCGGUCGAAUAAAAAAUAUUUCAAAAAUAAUAAAUGUUCAACAAAAUGUUUGUGAUUCGAAUUGUUUUAGUGUCUUGUUUCAGUUUAGUGAUUUUCGAAAGUGUAGAGGCUGAAUGUACACGUGAUUUAAAAGCAAUAUAUUGUGAGAACAUAAUAAAAAUUUCUUCAGAUGUUUUGAACGAAAGUUAUCAAUACUAUUUAAAGUUAAAUAUAUUAAACACCACCGAACCUUUUGGAAAGUCUGCAUUUAAAAACAUGAAAAAAUUAACAUCUAUUAGCAUAUCACGGAGCCGAAUGGGAACAAUAUAUUCUGACACUUUUAAAGAUAUGCCACCUUUAAAAAAUGUAUUUAUAGAUUUUGUUAUUAUUGGAGAUAUUCAAGAAUCAGCGUUUUCUAAUUUACCCAAACUGGUAGAAGUAUCAAUAUCGAACACGGAUAUUCCAUUUUUAAGAAAAGGCAUUUUCCGAAAUGUCCCACAACUUUCCAUUAUUACUAUUGAAAGUGCUAACUUACGUUAUAUACAAGAUGAUGCCUUUUACGACGUGCCAAAGUUAAAUAGUCUUAGGCUUUAUAGCAACUUGUUAACUGUUGUGACAAAAGGAAUGCUAAAUACAUUGACUAAUUUGCAAUAUCUUAAUUUGGCUAACAAUAGUAUAUCAAUAAUAGAAAAUAAUAGUUUUGACGAAACUCCGCAUUUAUCGUAUCUGAUUUUAGAGGGUAAUCAACUGAAAGCACUUGAUUUGGAUAUGUUUCCUACAACCGGAAUGAAAUAUUUGCAAUUCAUUAAUUUAAAUGGAAAUCGAUUGAUGUUCCUGCCAUCCGCAUUUUUUAAUAGGACACCCGCUUUAGAAGAAAUUGGCCUGAGUCUCAAUCCAUGGUUUUGCCCUUGCCUGAAAGAAAUAUAUGGGAUUUUAUACCAAUAUAACAUAAAGGAAUCCUCAAUAAGGGAGAUGAUCAAUUAUUUUCAUGAUAUUCUUGAUGGAGAUACUGAAAAAAUAAUACUUACGCGCCGCUCGAGACUUCCCAUUUGCAUUAAUAGAAAUGUAUCGGACAUUAUUUGUAUAAAUACAUAUAGUGAAAACUUAAGUAAAAAGUAUUUAAAGUAUAUUAAAGAUUAUGAAACAUUUUUAUAAAACCUCUAAUAUGUGACAAAUUCUACAUCUAUGUUCACGUACAAUUAUCGUACUAUACCAGUUUUAUCACAAAAAUAUCGAUAAAUUUUGUUUUUAAAAAAGUUAAUGUUUUAUUUGUGUACAGAACUAUCUGUAGUAUAAAAACAGGUAUUGUUGCUUGUGAUGGAUUAAAUAUUUAUACGAUUAGGCUUUGUUGUCCUUAUAUAGUAUCAUAUAAAUAAGGCUAAGUAUAAUUAUUAUAACCAGCAAAUUGAUACAAAUAAAAAUAGCUCUAAAGGCCUAUGGAGUGUAAUACAGGACAUUAGUAAAUCGAAGGUUAAGAAAAAAGAAAUUGAUAAAAUUAAAAAUAGUUUAGGUAAUCCAUUGACAGACAAAUAUGACAUAGCUAAUGAAUUCAAUAACACUUAUGCCAAUAUGGGUAAAAAACUUGAUAAAAAUUUUACAUUAAGGAAAACUUCCUCUUCAAAUUCUUUUUUCUUUGCGCCAGUCAAAAUCAAUGAGAUUAUAGUGAUAAUUAACGAACUCAAAAAUCAUAAGGCUACUGGCAAUGAUAAUAUCAAAGCUGAAACUCUUUAAACAAUUUCACAAUAUAUCUGUCAACCUUUAACAUAUCUUUUAAAUCAAUGUAUAGUAAAAGCUUUUUAUCCUUCGGCAUUUAAAAAUAACCAUUAUUACACCUAUAUUUAAAAAAGGGGACAUAACGGAUCCUACUAAUUAUCGACCUAUUUCACUAGUUACGCACUUAUCUAAAAUUUUCGAAAAACUAAUAAAAAAUCGGCUUCAAUCAUACUUGAACAAAUUUAAUAUAUCUGAACAGCAGUACGGAUUUAGAGAAAAAAAAUCAACGGAAGA